UACACAUACUUUUCAAUGGUAUAUACAAUGUAUAUACGCAGACGGCUCAAUGGAACAAUACUCUAACCAAUCCGCUCGGAAACAAUAAUCCCAAAUCGCACGCCAUGGAAGCAAAGCUUAAAAUAUACAACCACGAGACAAUUGCAGAGAAUCCAUUUUCCUUGCGCCAUUAUUAUAAUCACUGAUAUAAUUGUUUUCUGUAACUACUGACAUUCAACACGCGGAAAACCAGUGAGUCUGAUAAACAUCGGGUUGUUCAACAAAGAUGGCAUCUUUGGUACAAACUGGUAGACUAGCCGCGUGCUUUAAUUAUCUAGCUGUAGUAGUAGUAGGUUUAAUGCCGCCCACCGGCCAGAGCUGAGGAAACCGCGUAAAAUGAACUUUGUUUUUUAUUGAAUUUUGAUUGUCCCUGUAUGGAAGAUUCCGUGGGGGUUUAAAUUCUUCCAGGGACGCUUCUGAUCUCAUCAGACGGGUCGCGAUUGCUCUUUGCUGAACGACAAUUUGAACUUUGAUUCUCUACUGUUCAUACCUGCAAUCCAAAGUCAACCGCCGCCCGCCGCAACCCUAAGGAUAUAUACAAUGUAUAUACAAAAAGUUUUGAGGAUAUAUACAGUGUGUAUAUCAUUGAACAGCCUGUGUAGAAUUCUGGCUUCGUUUCUGUGGAGGGUAUAAAGUCCGACAGUGAGCAUAGGAUAUAAAGACUUGCAGGGAGCAAGGAUAGGGACAUAAAUUUGCGUUGCGGAGAAGAUUGAACCGCUGUUGACUUGACUUGGCACUAGGGUUUCAUCUGGUUACAGCGAACUGCUGGUGUAUUUAUUCAUUCAUUUACCUUCUGGAUCUUGCGAAAGGAAAAAUAUACGAUUUUUGAUUUCUGUGAAAGUAGGAAUGGAUCCUGAGCAGAGAGCGAGAGGCAAGAAGGAACUGCAACUUCAUGGUCCAAGGCCGGCGCCUUUAAAGAUUUCAAAGGAUUCUCACAAAAUUCGAAAGCCUGCGGUUCCGAUUCCUAACAGAUCGCAGCCUGUGAUAAUUUACACGGAAUCUCCGAAGAUUAUUCACAUCGAAGCUCACAACUUUAUGACUCUGGUUCAACGCCUCACCGGCAGCUCUUCUUCCUCGGAAAGCCCUGAUCUUCAUCAUGAUGAUAAAAGAGAGGAUUUGGAGGAGAAAAUUGCUGAGGAAUCCUCUUCAGCGGACCAGGGUUCCAGGUCUGAAAAUUUCGAUAUGAAUGAAAAGCAGGAAGAAACGGCAAAUAUGGAGAAUAAGGCUGAUUAUAAGACCUUAAAAUUGCAGCCGCCGCCGGUCUUUUCUCCACUGUCGCCCAAUUUCUUUCUGCCAUCGCCGCAGCUUCUGUCACCGAACAUAUUUCGAGAUCUUCCCCUCUUUACUCCAAAUUUCGACAACUUUUUCUACUCGCCGGGGCAUUUUUAUAGGUUCUCGGAGCCCUUCACUCCUCCUCAAAGGACGCCUCCGGCCUCCAUCAUUUCACCCUCUCCCACUGCCAAUACUCACCCGCAGUGUUAAAGACUAUUUGUUACACAAACGGGGUUGUUAUGAUGAGUAUAUAUUGUGUAUAUACGAUCUGGUUCCUCCCCUAGUUAAAGAUGAAGAUUUCUCUUCUCUUUAAUGAAUUUCAUAGCAAACAACCUCAUUUCAGAGGUAAUUCAUGUUCAUUUAAUUUGACUGUAAACUAUUAUCUUUAUUCAUUGAUUCGAUUUGUAGUUCAGUUUCAGAUCCACACCAGACAUGUCAUAAAUAAGAUCAUUUAUCAUUUAA